AUGCUCACUCUGAUGACACACAGUUUGUCCUUCUCUACGUCUGUCACCAGGCCCAACCGCCAGCCGCAGAGAGACAUGUAUCAGAGAGCUGGAUACAGGACCACGGGGGUCUGUCCAAAGCCCUCCCGCCGCCGUCACGAGAUGCCUGAGACGAAGAUGCUCUGUUGUGUGGUGCGCAGUCUUCUUCAGUCUGCUUCUCUCCUCAUCACCAUGACCAGGACGGAGCUGGACUGA